AUGGAACUCAACCGAGAACAUUUUUGCGCCAUAAUUUGUUACAACUUUCAGAGACAAUUAUCGCAACAAGAAUGCCUUGCUGAGUUACUGUCUGUUUUCGGUAACGAAACGCCACAUCAGUCGACAAUUUCCCGUUGGUAUGGAGAAUUCAAACGUGGACGGGUGAGUCUUAGCGACGAUCCCAGGGUGGGUGCACCAAAGACGGUAGUCACCCAGGAAAACGUCGAUGCUGUGCGUAAACUCAUCAUUGAAGAUAGACAUGUGACAUAUCGCAAGAUUGAGGUGUCCUUGAAGAUCUCAAAGAUCUCAAUUCAAAAAACUUUACAUGAAGAAUUAGGAGUAAGAAAAUUAGUUUCUCGUUGGAUACCCUACCUGUUGACUGAAGAGCAGAAGCCAGCCAGGAUUAAUUGGUGUCAAAAAACGCUUGACCGUUUCAAUUUCGGAAACUCAAAAAAUGUGUACAGAAUUGUUAGUGGUGAUGAAUCGUGGAUUUACUGUUAUGAACCAGGAAAUAAACGACAGUCGGCUGUUUGGCCAACAAAAGUCAUCCGUUCUCGAAGUGUUUCGAAAAAGGUGGUCGCGACAUUUGUGUCAAAAGCGGGUCAUAUUGCAACAAUUCCUCUUAAUGAGCAAAGAACUAUCAUCACCGAGCUUCGAAAAAUCAACUCCGGAAGAAGAAUCAUCCUCCACCAAGACAAUGCAAGCUCGCACACAGCCCAAAAAACAAGGCAGUAUUUAACGGAAGAAAACGUGGAAUUAUUGGACCAUCCUCCAUAUAGUCCCGAUCUAAGGUCUAACGAUUUCUUUACUUUCCCGACAAUUAAAAACAGACUGCGUGGUCAAAGCGUACAGUCACCAGAAGAAGCAGUUGACGCAUUUAAAAAUGCCGUUUUGGAUCUGCCAGCAAACGAGUGGAAUAAGUGCUUCGAAAAUUGGUUCGAGUGCAUGCAGAUGUGUAUUAAUCUUCGUGGAGAAUACUUCGAAGAACAAUAAAGUCAUUUAAAACUACCUACCGUGUUGUUUUAUUUCCAUAUGCAAAACUUAAAAGACAUCCCUCGUA